UCAUCGGAGCCUGUUGUUGGUCCCCUCUGUCUUCAAAUGGUGCAUUCACUGUCUCAUGAGGCCAGCUGGCUACUGAGACAACCGCUGGAGGUGGCAUCAGUCCCACUGAAGGCUAACAGACAGAAACUACAGCUACUCUGUAAAAAGUUAGUGGAGGUGGAUAUGUCAUCCGUCAGUCCAUUCCCAGACAAAGACAGCCUCAAAACUCUCCCAGAGAUGCUGGUAAAAGCAGAGAGGACCUGUGAGGAGCUGCAGCGGGCUGCAUCCAGGCUGGAGGGCUGUUUGGCAGAGCUGGACCACUGGAGCUCAGAGGCUCUGGACUGUUACCAGCUCCUAAAGGAGAAAGAGCACAGAGGACACUCUGCACUGGAAUCUGCAGCUAAAGGUUUGAUCUCUCGAGGCCUGCAGCUGGAGAACCAAGUUGUGACUGAUGGACAGAUGCUGCAGGACCUUGUGGGCCGAGUCCAGAAAACAUCUCCUCUGCAGCACCUCAGUACCUCUGGCAUGCAGCACAGGAUCUCAGAGACAGUUUCCAACUGCCAGGAGAUUCUUGGAAUGUUUAGCUCCCUUGGGUUUAGGCCACAUGUUGGUGAAGCUCCUGAGAAGCAGCCACCUUUGGAAACAGCCCAUCAGAUGCAAAAACAAGCACAGACAGGGUUACUUGUUGUGGCCAGAACUAAACAUGUAGACCAGGUUGGGAACGUUAAGCUGCAAACCCAGGACCCAAAACAACAUUCUUUUCAGAUUCCAUCCCCGACACCUCAACCGAGGACAAGAGGACUCCAAGGUCAACCUAAAAAUUACACCCAUUCCCAGAGCACAAAACAGUCAGUCAUUGUCAUACCCCAUGUCAAAAUCCAAAUGCUGCCUCAAUCUGUAAACAAAGUUGAAUCAGAGGCUAUGAUCCGGUCACAAUCAUUCUUCAAAUUCCCCGCUCAAGCUUCAAGUUCAAGUCAAAAUGAACAACCUCUGACCCAAACUCCUGUUGGACCAAAGUCUCCGAAAAGUCCACUUCUGUCUAAACCCACACAAAGUACAGUCACAGAGGAAAAGACGGGCUUGUCCCCCUCACAAACUCACAAAUUCCAGCCUAAAUCCAGAACAAGAGAGCAACCAAACACUUCACAGAGUAAUAAAACGUCUUUACAGCCACCAGUUAUGGUCCGCAGUGAAGUUCAUUCAAAGGCCCAGUCAAUGGCGAAGAGCAGGCUGGAGAAGGCCAGGUUUCGUUUGCAGGGACGCAUCCAGCAAGCAAUCAAAUUAUUUGGCGGCAAAGAGAUUUCAGAGGCGCAAGCCAAGAAGAAACAGAGGGCUUUAAAGAUUCUGCAGCCUGCCUUCCUUGAGGAGUUCCUGGUUGCAGUGGAGGGUUAUGGGGCCUUCUGCUCGGGGCCCCAGCUCCAGGACUUGAUACUCCUCACUGACUCAGUCCGAAAGCAGUGGGAGGUAUGA